UGUAUAAGCGUAUACAUCUCCCUCUUCCUUUGGAAACGCCGUCAAGAGAAGAAACGAGAGAGAGACAGAUAUAGAUAGGAAGAAAGGAGAAUUGUGGUUAAACAACAGCAUCGAUCACCAUCGGAGCCACCGUUCACCACCGUUGUUCACCGGAGUCGGGCUUUUGUCAUCACUGGCUUGUUGGAAGAGGGAGGAGUAACAGUUUCAAGUAGGGAUUUUGGUGAGUCAUUUCCCGUCGAACGUAAGAGAGUUAGAUCACUAUUUUGACGUCCCUGGAUAGAUCUUGCUACAAAGAAUCCAUAGCAAUUUACGGUUUGUCAAACGGAGAUAAAAAUUUCAGGUUCAACUUGGGAUACUCAUGGAAGAAAAUUGAAGUUUAUACCGAAUUUUCAUAAUUUUAUUACUCAUGGAAGAAAAUUGGUAUAGAAGAUUGUUUAAGAUGACCCUUGGAAUUGCCGGAGAUAUGAAAAACCUUGAACCUAAGGAUUGUACGUUUGAUAUGGAUCUAAUGGAAGAAAGAGAUGGAUGUUGGCAUUAUGGUUUAUCAAUGGAAGUCAUGGAGGAAAAGUGUUGCAAGGAAAUUAAAGCCUAUGCCAACUUCACCGAGAACUUCUUUGAGACAUGGGCGUUACUUCUUGCAUUUGAUCUUAAUGAGAAAGGGAAUAUUGCAGAGGCUUUGGAAGAGCUUGUCACAUUUAUGGAGAAAUUGAAACCGAUUCUCAGAACUUUUGGGUCCAAGGAGAUAUGCAAGAUAAUAACCAAGAAUCUAACCGGCAAAAAGCUAUGUGACUAUGUGGGAGAAAAUUACAGGGUAAGGAUAUUUCAUUAUAAGGAUCUUGGUACGGAAGUUUUGGUACCAUUGUGUCUACGUUUCAGAAUUACAUAUACACACGUCGGGUUAAAAGCUGCGGUUUGGAAAAAUAAAGUUCAGCCAAGUGAUGCUGCAUUCAAAUCGUAUCAGAGAAAAGCAAAUAUGAAGUUGGAUAAUAACGGAUCUUAUGAUCGGUUAGCGAGUAAGGCUACUCUUCGAAAAGCAUCGUCAAACUCCCUUCUGCUGUACUUUUCUCAGUAUAUGGCGCAUACAUAUGCGUAUGUAAUAAUUUGUGUUACAGUAAUUCUGCAUAAUAUCCUUGUAAUUACUCUUUGAAAUUAAUAAAAGUCUUUUGUUGGAAAAAAA